AUGGUCCUCUUUAAGCGUUUUCGAUCUCUCUGGGGCAUCGAACCUGGUCCUCAGCAGAGUGAGUGGAAGAAGAGGUUUAUCGGGUGGAAACAGCAUGGAUAUGCCGGAAUUGAAAUCGACUUUGCUGGCAUGAGCCCUGAGGAGCUGCAACUCACACGCAGCAUCGCCGAUGAAGUCGGAUUGGAGAUCAGCGCAACCCUCUUCUCAUCCUGGCCAAAAUAUAUCGGACCUCGCCCUGCCGGCCUGACACCAAAAUACCACGCCGAGUUCUUUCGGGAACAGCUUAAGCUCGCAUCCAUAUUGAAGCCUGUGCGAGUCAAUGCUCAGUCCGGAGCUGACCACUUCACCUGGGACGAUUCUGUGCGCUUCUACCAGCUCGCCCUUCAGGUGGCAAAGGAGGAAGGAUUUGAAGGGCGAGUAUGCCACGAGACGCACCGCAAUAGGUCGCUGUUCAAUCCGUAUGCGGCGGAUUAUAUUCUGCAGAGGGUACCAGAAUUAAAGAUAACAGCGGACAUCUCGCAUUGGGUCGUCGUAUCGGAAAGGCUCCUCGACGAGGGUGAGGAAGACGCGGCCAUUCUGGCCCGAGUGAUCCCACGCGUCGGCCACAUCCAUGCCCGGACAGGAACAACGCAAUCCUCUCAGUGUCCCGAGCCACUGAACCCCGUCUUCACGGCAGAGCGCGAAUUCUUCGAGAAGUUCUGGGUGCGCGUUAUUCAGCACAGACAGAAGACGGAUCCCGAUAGCACACUUACGUGGGUUCCGGAAUACGGGCCCUAUCCAUACCAUCCGAUCAACACAGCACAGACGUUUGAUGAGCUUGCGGAUAGCGAGGGCAAGAGAUUGGAGGCGCUUUUUGCGAGUGUUGUCGGGUAA